UACACGUAUGUACCAUUCAUAAUGUAUGGUACUGCAGUUAUGUCAAGUUUACACUUAAGAUUUACCUUUGUGAUGGUUAUAGUUUGCAGGAUAUACAUAGGUGCUGAUGGUUCCGUUACCAUAAGUUCUUCUGCAGCGACUGUUCCGGAGGGGUCAUCACUGACAUUAACAUGCACGUAUACUGGAAAUGUUCAGCUGUUUGCAAUAAGAUGGAUAAACAAUGGCAAUAAUUCGACACUAAAAUACGAUAUAACAAUCCAACAACCUGAACCAUGUUCAAUAUUUUCAACUGGUCUCAACGAAACUCUCUUCACCUACACCUGUAACACGCUGACUAUUUUAAAUGUGACACGAACUAACCAGAACGACAUCUUUACGUGUCAAGCAAAUUUGAAUAUAAACAGUGGCAAUAGUGUCAUCGUCAGUGUGUCAGUGCCAAUAUCAACAGUAGUUUUGACAUCACCAACAUAUUCAAAUGCCACUGUCAACGCGGGCUCAUCGAAGAAAUUCACGUGUCGUACAUCUAGGGGUCUUCCGCAACCAACGGUGGAGUGGUAUAUGACGUCUAGUAACAGCUGCACUAGGAAUGGCGUCAAAAUAAUGAAUUCCAUAUCCAGUUCACCGUCUGAAAGCAAUGGUCUUAUACAGGUGGAAAGUUCACUGUUAUUCACAGCAUCCAGUUUGGAUAAUAAUCUCUGGAUUUGCUGCGCGGCAAGUAAUAUCAACACUCAGUGGAAACUGUCAGGAACGAAGCUUCUAGACGUAAGAUAUCCUUCACCUAAUCCUCCAGUGAUUGACGACUUCAACAAAAUAACGGACUACCAGAUGAUAGAGAAUAGCACCGAACGUCUGACAUGUAGGAGUACUGGCGGAAAUCCUCUUGCCAGCCUUGCGUGGAGCUGUUUCAAUGGCAUCGAGUCAAACCCUAACAUUAGCGGCGGUUCAGUCAGUCGUUCUGUACAGUUCACAGCGCGGCGUAACCAAGACAACACGUGCACGUGUACUGCCACGCAUGAGGCGGGACCGUUGCAACAGGUUUCAUUGGACGUCAAUAUUAUGUAUCCUCCUUCAACUCCGGAAUUCCAACUAAACGGUACACCAGUGGGCGUCUUGAUUAGCAUAAUUGAAGACAGUGCUCAGAUGGUGACGUGUCACAGCUUUGGAAAACCUAAUCCAUCUACAAACGAUUUCACUUGGACAAAAGGAAGUGCCGUUGUUAGUUCAAAUUCAGUUUUAAGCUGGACCGGCGGAAUCAGAGUUCAGGACGGAGGCAGUUACAAAUGUAUCGUUACAACAACAAUGACACCUUCGGACACCAGCAAAACUCAAGUUACAACAGAGGUAUCUUCUGAUGUCACCAUGAAUGUACUAUAUUCACCACGGUUACUUCAACUGUCCCGGCUUAACGCCCUGGAAGGUGAAAACUUAAUCCAGAAAUGUAAAUACGAGCCAGGUAACCCAGCAGAAACAACAGUCGUAAUUGCUCGGUUAAAUGACCGGAUUACAUGGACAGAAAAAACACAUUUCAUUCCAUCACUGAAGAGAAGCGAUGCUGGUAUGUACAGUUGCACAGUUCGUAACAUCAUGAAGCCAACGGGGCAACAAAACGGAAUCGCUGGAGAGGAUACUGGAAUAUUCGAAAUUAACGUUUGGUACAAAACGUCUGUGUCCAAGUUUGGUUUAACCAGUCAUCCCGACGCGAUCAAUGUUACUGUUGAUGAAAACGCAACUCUUCACUUUUUCUGUGAAGUUGACAGUAACCCAAACUCCUCCAUUAUAAUUGGAAGAUCGGACAGUCUACAGGACAACGUUGCUCUGAAAAGGAACGACGGGUUUCUCCAUCUCGCAUUUGAGGUUCAACAAGCUGGCUGUCUUGAUACAGCAAGUUACUAUUGUCUUGGUUUUAACAACUACACAGAGAUUGAGACGACACCAAGGAAACACAUGAACGUUUAUGUUCGAUGUUCACCAAGAGCAUCAGGAGGCCAAUGGGAAAGCAAUGUUACAGGGGUUACUGGUGGCAAUGCAACGUUUUCCUUUGAUGUAGUUGCAUAUCCUGUUCCAAACAAAGAGGGAUAUGUAUGGCACAAAUGGAAUGGGACAAGGUAUUCUCAAGUUCACAACAAUGACAAAUAUACCAUCAACAAUACUGGUGUUUCCACAAUAUUCACCGUCAAUGCUAUUGAGCAAGAAGAUUUUUCAACCUAUCUGCUAACAGUGACCAAUGGAAUAAAUCCAGACUUCAACAAAGUAUUCAACUUAAGUCCUCAAGAAGUCCCUCAGUGUCCAACUGGUUUAACAUAUAGUGCAACGACAUCGUCCUCAGCUAAUAUCGAGUGGAUUAGUCACUUCAAUGGGGGACGGAAGCAAACAUUUAUUGUUUUGUACAAAAUGACUGAACGUUCGGAAUACUUGGUUCUUACGGCAGAUGAGAUUGACCAGAAGAUACACUACGAAAUAAUACUAACAGGAUUAAACGACGGAUCGACGUAUGAAGUCAUUCUAUUCUCAAGAAACGAAAAAGGAAACUGUAAACAAAAUACUUCACUCCAAUUCGACACUGAACUACUUGUCGAACCACCACCUGGAACCACUGGAUCUAUAGUUGGUGGAACAACGGGAGGGAUAGUGGCGGCGAUUAUUCUGGUGAUAGUUGUGGUCUUUGUUUUAAAACGAAAAUACAACUUUGACUGUUUGUGUUCAUUCAGGCUAUCUCGAAAAGAUCUGCAUCAUGAUGCAAACACAGAUAACGGAAUAGAUACGCAAGGAGCUGAUACUCGUGGGUACAACGCAACUCAGACCUAUGAAGACAUUUCCAUGGUAACGGAUAAGUCCCCGUACGAUGCUCUGGAUAAUGGCGACAAUGGCCUCGACAAUGUACACGUGUACACGCCAUUGGAUGCGCCUUGUUUAAAGACACAUGUUUCGUACGAAAAUGUCAAAGAUGAUCCCGUGUACAACAACACAGUGCUUAAGAACCCGAUACAGCCUGUGCUCUAGAUAAGUUGGUGGAAGCUAUAAAGCAUAAGCUGUAUGAUGACGUAAGAAGGAGUGAAGAUUUAGGGGUGUUGUACUUUUUCUUGCCUAUGAAACAUUCAUUAUAUUGUAAAGCGAUGCUGAACCAUUCUUUGUUGAGGAUAUCAAAGCAAUGAAGUAUUUGGAGUUAUGAAACUACCUAUUAAUUUUCAACAUUCCAUGGAUAGGUGUCAAGUGUGUGUUUUUACAAAAAAAACUUUACAAUUAAUCCUAAUUAUAUCAUAUAUGAAAGCAUGCACGAUGUUUUUUUUUUGCUUUUUAUAUAAUAACCGGAGGGCUGCACCUAAGCUUUACGUUGGGACAUCUGUAAAUAAUCCAUAUUACACCAUAUACAAGGAUCGUCUAAAAUAGGUUAUAAUUGAUUUGUCUUUUAAACGGAAAUAAGAGGGGGAAAAAUCUAGGAAAAUAUUUCACAUGAUCCCUUUCAAAAAUGUCUGAAAGUAUUAAGGAUUUACAGGCAAAUUUAUAUUUUAUAUACAUUUGAGAGACAUUAUAGGUAGCGUCGAGGCCAACACCGCGUUAGCGGCACAUUAUCCAAAAUUGUUAUUUACACUCAAUACCAAUCCCCAUUUUUAUGUCAUUUGCCGUCUUAAAUAUACAAAAUUGAUUUUAGACAAUAUAAAGGCAUACAAACCUCAACAGAAUGCUUAUUUCACCCAUAUUUUGAUUUUCUCCAUGCAGUUUGCAUGUGAUAUGUAUGUUUUCGAUAAUAUUUACUAUUGUAAACUAAAAAGGCUACUUAGAAAAAUAAUGGUUUUCACAAAUGUAUACAUUUAUUUCAUGUCUCUGGUACAGAAACAAAUGGAAUUGUACCAUGCAGCUUUCUAACACAAAAUAUCACAUGCAUAACCAGACAUGAGUUUAAAGAAUGAAUUUUUGACAAAAAGAGUUUUUUCCAUAACUUGCUAUGCCUACCCAUGAAAAUCGCGCUAGGAUUUUGGCAAUGCUAGAGUGUGGACGUAUACAAGAGGCCGUUUUUCCAAGGGACACUAACUGCCAGAACAUAUAUUGACGAAAUCGUUGAACAAGUAAUCGUGCGGAUGGUACGUCAACGCACUGAGUUAAUUUUCAGCAAAACAACGUAAGUCCUCAUACAACACGGCUUACCUUUAACUUUUUACACCUUAACCUCAUAGAACCUUAUCCGUGGCCCCGGGAAGAGUGGUACAACAUUACAAUGAACCUCGUGCUCAAGUUGUGUUGGUUUAUGGGGCGUUGACUAAUGCAGUUGUUGCCAAUCCUGGAGGUCAUACUCGAUUCUGAUAUAAUGUGGAGACGAUAAUUAAAUACAUUAAAUUUAUUAUUGAUUCGUGACUUUCUGCUUAAUUUGAUUUCCAUUGUAUUACUGUUUGAUUUUUUUUUACAGUUGUUAAUCGUUUCGUGUAGGUAAUUAAAUACAUCACUAAUACUACAAUUGUAGCCUUUUUUAUUUGCAUCAGCUAAGGAAAACGAACUUAACCGAGCAUGUACAAAAAGAGAAUUGAGCUUUUUUAAUAAGAAAAUAACGUUACUUUAUUUUUUGAAUGCGAGUGCGCCUGGUUUAAAAUUGAAAAAUAAGAAAUACAAAGCUGUUCACGAGUUCAAGUUUCCUUUUAAUAAGAUAACAGUGAACCGCAACGCCAUCUGACGUCGACACUUUUAAUCCGAAUUAAAAUCGGUGUUGUUCUUUUAAAUAUUGAUGUGACCAAGCACAUACGGACUGUGUUGUUAAUGUUAAUACAAUUGAUGAACCAUUUAAGGAUGAACAAAUAUUGUAUUUAUUUGUACAGUGUUUACCUGAAAGUUAUUAAUAUUAACAUGUUAUAUUGAAAAGUAAUUUAAUUAUAUACUUACCCCUAUUCCACUGAGAGCAUGUAAACAUUUGGUGGGGCAAAAAUAUCAUAAACUGACUCUGGAUUUGCAUUUGUCAAAAUGCCAUUUAGAUAUGUAAUACUAGUAUUCCACCUGGUAAUUACAAGCAUAUAGUGAAUUUUUAUUCAAUAUAAACAUGUUUUAAUAUCUAAGACGAUGGAUUAAAGUUCCUUCGAUAUUUGUUUUUCAAACAUACAUUUUUUUUCCUCAACGCCGAUGCGACGAUAUAUCCAUUUUUCUUGUAUUUAUUGAUCGUAACUUUUUUGUACUCGCAAGAUGUCAGCUAUUUGUUGCGUAUCUUCCGCCGUUUUUAGGUCAAGAUCUAUGUUUGUAUCUGUAUCUGUAUCAAUCAUGUAUAUAGUGACUCAUCCUUUUAUUUGUUUAUGUAUAUAUUAAAAGUCUGAAAGCUUU